UAUUUUACCUGAAUUACCCGAACUAUCCAAACUACUCGAACCCGAAUCGGAACAAAAUGAUAACCGAUUUUUUUCUGGGUAUUUUCUGGUUCCUAGUUUUACUAUCCGAACCGAAUCCGAAACUAUCCGAACCGAAUCAAACCGAAAAUAGAUAAAGUAGUAAAUGGAUCCUCUAACCCCCUAUCCGAACUAUCCGAAAUACCCGAACCGAUACCUGAAAUGCCUAUGCCUAGUUUCUACUCUCUCUUUCUCUCAAUUUGAUUUUGAAUUUUCAUGAUCAAAAUGUGAAAAAGACAUAGUAUCUCGUUUGUAUAUAUCCAAAUAGUAUUUGGUAUAUAAUAAAUGCAAUUUCAAAGCCAAAGCAACAUACUCAAUAUAUUGUAUAUUUUAUCCCAAAACCAAAUUAUUGUUCAAACAUCUCAUUUCUAUUAGUACUUUUCUUAGAAGAUUAUUUUGAAAGUUAGAUAAAACUAAUACUAGUUUUAAUACACAAUCAAUGACACCCGCCCUCAUCUUGUGUGUCUAUAUAUAACAGCAGCCAUAACAUGAAGACGUCAAACUUUCUUCAACUCUUAAGAACAAGAACAAUACUAGUCUUCUCUUCACCAAGAUCCCUAUAAUAUAUCAGCAUACAUACUCUUCUUGGAAAGGCAAGAAACAUGAAUCAACAAGAAGCUGCGAGUACUACUCUUGAACUUGAUCUGAAACUAAAUAUAUUGGAUUCGUCUUUGCCGACUGAGAGCCCAUCUUCAUCGUUAUGUUCAGAAGAAGCUGAAGGUGGAGGAGGAGAGGCUAAAUCAAUGGUGGUCGUUGGCUGCCCUAAUUGCAUCAUGUACAUCAUCAUGACUUUGGAUAGUAGUAACCCUAGAUGUCCUAGAUGCAACAGCCAAGUUUUGCUUGAUUUUAUCACAGGCUACAAUACCAAGAAGAGUAGUAACUAAUAAGAAUAUAUAUAUCCAACUAAGAAUGUAUUUUUUUCUUUUCGUUUUUUUUUAAAUAUGUUUUCAUGAUUUGUUGCUACAUCUUUAUAGUUUGAAUGAAUCUACGGUGCACGGAUGUGCCCACAAACCGGAAUCUCUAUACUUUUGUUUAUAAAAACAUCGUUGAUUGUUUUUAUCUGUAUUGUUGACAAUUCUUCUGUGAAUAUUAUUAAUUCUUUGUAACAUGCGAUUACAAAGAGACCAAUAAAAUUAUGUCGGUCAUCCA